AUGGGGGAGGGCUUUCAGGCCUCGUCUGAGGGGCUCAGGUGGUUUGUCAUUGACACACAGACAGACGAACAAGACUCUCCUUCUUCUUCCCCUUCCUCCUCCUCUUCCUCCUCCUCCUCUUCCUCCUCCUCCCCUCCUCUCCUUCUCCUCCACGGCCUCCCAUCUCACAGCUACUCAUUCCGCCAAGUCAUCAACUCCAUCACCCCUGGUACCUUCGCCCUCACCACCUCUGCAGCAGCAGGAGAUGCAGCAGCAGCAACAACAGCAGGAGGUUCGGCCGAAGCUGGAGGGCUAGGUUCGGAGGAGUCGCUCGGCGUGCGGUGCGUGGCGCCGGAUUGGCUCGGGUUCGGAGGCUCGGAUAAGCCCCAGGCGGACCAGAAGAGGUUCGGGUAUUCCCCGAGCGACUACGCUCGGGAACUUGGAAAUCUGGUGGCAACGAUGGGAGUGGAGGAUGUUUCGAUUGUGGCUCAGGGCUAUUUCUGUCUGCCCGCUGCUGAGUUUGUCCUUUCCAACCCUGCCCGGAUUCGCCACCUCAUAUUUAUCAACCCACCUAUCACAGAGAAGCAUGCCAAGCUGCCCUCGUGCCUCUCAGCCUUCUCCAACUUCCUGCUAGGAGAGAUCUUCGCGCAGGACCCUCUACGAGCCAGCGACAGGGUGUUAGAGGAAGCGGGCUGUUACCUGAUAGAUGAGGAGGAUGCCAUGGUGUAUCGCCGGCCCUACCUAUCCAGUGGAGCAUCGGGCUUUGCUCUUACAGCCAUCACAAGAGCCUUUCAGAAGGAUCUAAAGGCGUCACUCCCUCUGGUCGCCAAGGCCCUCUCUGCCGUCUCUGCCCAGCCCUCCUCCUCACCCACCGUCAUCUGGGGCAUGAAGGACCGCUGGCAGUCGUUUGACGGGGUCCGAGAGGCGUGCAGAGCAGCCGGGGCCGUUCUAGUGACUCUAGAUGAGUCGUAUGAUGGGGUUCGAGAAGUGUGCAGAGCAGCAGGGGCGGUGCUUGUGACUCUAGACGAGUCGUAUGAUGGGGUUCGAGAAGUGUGCAGAGCAGCAGGGGCGGUGCUUGUGACUCUAGACGAGUCGUAUGAUGGGGUUCGAGAAGUGUGCAGAGCAGCAGGGGCGGUGCUUGUGACUCUAGACGAGUCGUAUGAUGGGGUUCGAGAAGUGUGCAGAGCAGCAGGGGCGGUGCUUGUGACUCUAGACGAGUCGUAUGAUGGGGUUCGAGAAGUGUGCAGAGCAGCAGGGGCGGUGCUUGUGACUCUAGACGAGUCGUAUGAUGGGGUUCGAGAAGUGUGCAGAGCAGCAGGGGCGGUGCUUGUGACUCUAGACGAGGACCGCUGGCAGUCGUUUGACGGGGUUCGGGAGGCGUGCAGAGCAGAAGGGACUGUGCUGGUGACUCUAGACGAGGUUUCAUACAUCAUCUCGUUGUUUACAGCUUUCCUGUCUCUCCUCUCCAACAGCCACUUUCCAGACAUGGCUCCUAGGAAUCUUGCAACCAACGGUCUAACAGGCCAGUCCGGCACGGAUCUGGCGACGAUUCCGAAACCCGACCCUCCGUUCAUUCGUUGGAUCAAGGAACAACACGCUGCCGCCUUAACCCGCUGCGAUGCCGACGAAAACGACGAAAGCGACGCCGACGACGCCGGCGACGACUUUGGCGACGACUUUGACGAAGAUGGCGAAAGCGACGCCGAAAAGGACGGCGAGUCGGACGACUCGUACGAUAUCGACGAGUGUCUUAGAGGACGAUUCGGAAGGCCGUAUGACCUAACAGAAGACAGGUUCGGGAGACCGUACGACUUAACAGAAGACAGGUUUCGACACAGAGAAACGGAUCGAGAGUGGGACACGGAUGCAGAGGCCGAACCGGGUCGCGUGGGGGAACCGGGUCGCGUGGGGCAACCGGGCGGUCUCGAGGUCCCAUGGUACGAACUUCAAGAAGGCGAAACGGAAGGCGAGGAAUUGGCGGAGCUCGCGGCGCGGAAGAUGAGUCAGUGGAGCGAAGCGGAGCUCAUGGAGCUCGCAGCGGCUGUCGUUUUCUGCCGACACAGCGGGGAAGUCACGCGGCGGAGCGGCGGCAGGGGGGAGGUUUACUGGCGGCAGGUGUGGCGCGCGAUCCGGCGGGGUAACCCCGAAUGGCGGCGCAUCCCGACGGCGAUGGAGAAGCAGUGGACGCGCAUGAAAGCGCGGUACGACGCGGAGACGCUCGACCCGCGGCGGAAGAAGCGGCGGAAACGGGGGACGGGCCGGUGCGCCGCGGAGCUGCAAGAAGGGGGCGCGGAGCAGCAGGCCGGGCGCGCGGAGCAGCAGGCAGGGGGGGCGGAGCAGGAGGUGGGGGGAGCGGGGCAGCAGGGGGGUGCCGCGGCGCAGCAUGCGGGAGGCGCGGGGCAGCAGGCAGGGGCCGUGGAUGAGCAACGGCAGGGUGGGUCUAGUAACGCGGACGAGCAACCCAAUAACGCGUCAGGGGGGAACACAGGGGCGAAGGCAAAGGUGAGGGGACGGCCCAAGGCAGCAGGGGGGAAGGAUAGGGGGCUGGGGGCAAAACCAGCAUGGUUCAAGUACAUUCACAUGUUCUAUGGGACUGAGCUUCAGGCGAGGAAAAACGUGGCAGUAAAUAAGGCUAGAAAGGCAGCUAGAGCGUCUGCUGCUGUUGCUGUUGCUACUAAGGUGUUUACGGCACCGAAGCAGCCUGCUGAAAUGCCAGCGUAUGCGUUUCCUGAGAGCAUUGGUUCAGGAUGGGGAGAGAAUAGUAGGCAGCAGGAGCAGCAGCCGCAGCAGCAGGAGCAGCAGCAGCAGCAGCAGCAGCAGGGGCAGCAGGAGCAACAACAACAGCACCAGCACCAGCAACGGCAGGAGCAGCAGCAGCAGCAGCAGCAACGGCAAGAGCAGCAGCAGCAGCAGCAACAACAACAACAACAGCAAGGAAAGAAUGGGCCCUCCCCAUCACCAUUACCCUUACCACCACCAUUACCGUUACCACCAUUACCUUCACGAUCCGCGCUUCUCCCUUUGGCAGCAGCAGCUCCGUCCACUGUCUCUCCCUCUGACAACUACCUGUUGUGCUUGCGCACCAAAGCCACGCCGGCUCCCGCCGCUACAGACCCGAUUGUUGACAUAAUGCAAAAAUAUGUUCACUCGUCGCAAAGAUAUGGUGGAUCUGGCAACAACCUACUGCGCCUGCCUGGUAACAGGGUUACGUUUGCUACCGGCGCUACACCCUCCCUCCCUGCUACAGCCCCCAUGCCAUCUACAGCAUCCCUGCCUGCUACAGCCCCCUUUCCAGCUGCACCCCCCCUGCCUGCUACAGAUUCCCAGCCGGCGAGUUAUGAGCCUGCAUCAGCCCACAGACAAGGGGCAGCAGCAACUCCGGGUGAUUUGACUUCUACAGCAUCCCUGCCCCCCUUUCCAGCUACAGCCCCCCUGCCUGCUACAGAUUCCCAGCCGGCGAGUUAUGAGCCUGCAUCAGCCCACAGACAAGGGGCAGCAGCAACUCCGGGUGAUUUGACUUCUACAGCAUCCCUGCCCCCCUUUCCAGCUGCAGUCCCCCUGCCUGCUACAAAUUCCCAGCCGGCGAGUUAUGAGCCUGCAUCAGCCCACAGACAAGGGGCAGCAGCACGGGGUAGUUUGACUUCUACAGCAUCCCUGCCCCCCUUUCCAGCUGCAGUCCCCCUGCCUGCUACAAAUUCCCAGCCGGCGAGUUAUGAGCCUGCAUCAGCCCACGGACAAGGGGCAGCAGCAGCUCCGGGUCAUUUCCUGCAUCAGCCCACGGACAAGGGGCAGCAGCAGCUCCGGGUGAUUUGCAAGGGACUGCUGGGGAAGGCUCAUUGCAUGGUAGGGCUGGUAGAUGGGAGCCUGCAUCAGCCCACGGACAAGGGGCAGCAGCAGCUCCGGGUGAUUUGCAAGGGACUGCUGGGGAAGGCUCAUUGCAUGGUAGGGCUGGUAGAUGGGAGCCUGCAUCAGCCCACGGACAAGGGGCAGCAGCAGCUCCGGGUGAUUUGCAAGGGACUGCUGGGGAAGGCUCAUUGCAUGGUAGGGCUGGUAGAUGGGAGCCUGCAUCAGCCCACGGACAAGGGGCAGCAGCAGCUCCGGGUGAUUUGCAAGGGACUGCUGGGGAAGGCUCAUUGCAUGGUAGGGCUGGUAGAUGGGAGCCUGCAUCAGCCCACGGACAAGGGGCAGCAGCAGCUCCGGGUGAUUUGCAAGGGACUGCUGGGGAAGGCUCAUUGCAUGGUAGGGCUGGUAGAUGGGAGCCUGCAUCAGCCCACGGACAAGGGGCAGCAGCAGCUCCGGGUGAUUUGCAAGGGACUGCUGGGGAAGGCUCAUUGCAUGGUAGGGCUGGUAGAUGGGAGCCUGCAUCAGCCCACGGACAAGGGGCAGCAGCAGCUCCGGGUGAUUUGCAAGGGACUGCUGGGGAAGGCUCAUUGCAUGGUAGGGCUGGUAGAUGGGAGCCUGCAUCAGCCCACGGACAAGGGGCAGCAGCAGCUCCGGGUGAUUUGCAAGGGACUGCUGGGGAAGGCUCAUUGCAUGGUAGGGCUGGUAGAUGGGAGCCUGCAUCAGCCCACGGACAAGGGGCAGCAGCAGCUCCGGGUGAUUUGCAAGGGACUGCUGGGGAAGGCUCAUUGCAUGGUAGGGCUGGUAGAUGGGAGCCUGCAUCAGCCCACGGACAAGGGGCAGCAGCAGCUCCGGGUGAUUUGCAAGGGACUGCUGGGGAAGGCUCAUUGCAUGGUAGGGCUGGUAGAUGGGAGCCUGCAUCAGCCCACGGACAAGGGGCAGCAGCAGCUCCGGGUGAUUUGCAAGGGACUGCUGGGGAAGGCUCAUUGCAUGGUAGGGCUGGUAGAUGGGAGCCUGCAUCAGCCCACGGACAAGGGGCAGCAGCAGCUCCGGGUGAUUUGCAAGGGACUGCUGGGGAAGUCUCAUUGCAUGGUAGGGCUGGUAGAUGGGAGCCUGCAUCAGCCCACGGACAAGGGGCAGCAGCAGCUCCGGGUGAUUUGCAAGGGACUGCUGGGGAAGGCUCAUUGCAUGGUAGGGCUGGUAGAUGGGAGCCUGCAUCAGCCCACGGACAAGGGGCAGCAGCAGCUCCGGGUGAUUUGCAAGGGACUGCUGGGGAAGGCUCAUUGCAUGGUAGGGCUGGUAGAUGGGAGCCUGCAUCAGCCCACGGACAAGGGGCAGCAGCAGCUCCGGGUGAUUUGCAAGGGACUGCUGGGGAAGGCUCAUUGCAUGGUAGGGCUGGUAGAUGGGAGCCUGCAUCAGCCCACGGACAAGGGGCAGCAGCAGCUCCGGGUGAUUUGCAAGGGACUGCUGGGGAAGGCUCAUUGCAUGGUAGGGCUGGUAGAUGGGAGCCUGCAUCAGCCCACGGACAAGGGGCAGCAGCAGCUCCGGGUGAUUUGCAAGGGACUGCUGGGGAAGGCUCAUUGCAUGGUAGGGCUGGUAGAUGGGAGCCUGCAUCAGCCCACGGACAAGGGGCAGCAGCAGCUCCGGGUGAUUUGCAAGGGACUGCUGGGGAAGGCUCAUUGCAUGGUAGGGCUGGUAGAUGGGAGCCUGCAUCAGCCCACGGACAAGGGGCAGCAGCAGCUCCGGGUGAUUUGCAAGGGACUGCUGGGGAAGGCUCAUUGCAUGGUAGGGCUGGUAGAUGGGAGCCUGCAUCAGCCCACGGACAAGGGGCAGCAGCAGCUCCGGGUGAUUUGCAAGGGACUGCUGGGGAAGGCUCAUUGCAUGGUAGGGCUGGUAGAUGGGAGCCUGCAUCAGCCCACGGACAAGGGGCAGCAGCAGCUCCGGGUGAUUUGCAAGGGACUGCUGGGGAAGGCUCAUUGCAUGGUAGGGCUGGUAGAUGGGAGCCUGCAUCAGCCCACGGACAAGGGGCAGCAGCAGCUCCGGGUGAUUUGCAAGGGACUGCUGGGGAAGGCUCAUUGCAUGGUAGGGCUGGUAGAUGGGAGCCUGCAUCAGCCCACGGACAAGGGGCAGCAGCAGCUCCGGGUGAUUUGCAAGGGACUGCUGGGGAAGGCUCAUUGCAUGGUAGGGCUGGUAGAUGGGAGCCUGCAUCAGCCCACGGACAAGGGGCAGCAGCAGCUCCGGGUGAUUUGCAAGGGACUGCUGGGGAAGGCUCAUUGCAUGGUAGGGCUGGUAGAUGGGAGCCUGCAUCAGCCCACGGACAAGGGGCAGCAGCAGCUCCGGGUGAUUUGCAAGGGACUGCUGGGGAAGGCUCAUUGCAUGGUAGGGCUGGUAGAUGGGAGCCUGCAUCAGCCCACGGACAAGGGGCAGCAGCAGCUCCGGGUGAUUUGCAAGGGACUGCUGGGGAAGGCUCAUUGCAUGGUAGGGCUGGUAGAUGGGAGCCUGCAUCAGCCCACGGACAAGGGGCAGCAGCAGCUCCGGGUGAUUUGCAAGGGACUGCUGGGGAAGGCUCAUUGCAUGGUAGGGCUGGUAGAUGGGAGCCUGCAUCAGCCCACGGACAAGGGGCAGCAGCAGCUCCGGGUGAUUUGCAAGGGACUGCUGGGGAAGGCUCAUUGCAUGGUAGGGCUGGUAGAUGGGAGCCUGCAUCAGCCCACGGACAAGGGGCAGCAGCAGCUCCGGGUGAUUUGCAAGGGACUGCUGGGGAAGGCUCAUUGCAUGGUAGGGCUGGUAGAUGGGAGCCUGCAUCAGCCCACGGACAAGGGGCAGCAGCAGCUCCGGGUGAUUUGCAAGGGACUGCUGGGGAAGGCUCAUUGCAUGGUAGGGCUGGUAGAUGGGAGCCUGCAUCAGCCCACGGACAAGGGGCAGCAGCAGCUCCGGGUGAUUUGCAAGGGACUGCUGGGGAAGGCUCAUUGCAUGGUAGGGCUGGUAGAUGGGAGCCUGCAUCAGCCCACGGACAAGGGGCAGCAGCAGCUCCGGGUGAUUUGCAAGGGACUGCUGGGGAAGGCUCAUUGCAUGGUAGGGCUGGUAGAUGGGAGCCUGCAUCAGCCCACGGACAAGGGGCAGCAGCAGCUCUGGGUGAUUUGCAAGGGACUGCUGGGGAAGGCUCAUUGCAUGGUAGGGCUGGUAGAUGGGAGCCUGCAUCAGCCCACGGACAAGGGGCAGCAGCAGCUCCGGGUGAUUUGCAAGGGACUGCUGGGGAAGGCUCAUUGCAUGGUAGGGCUGGUAGAUGGGAGCCUGCAUCAGCCCACGGACAAGGGGCAGCAGCAGCUCCGGGUGAUUUGCAAGGGACUGCUGGGGAAGGCUCAUUGCAUGGUAGGGCUGGUAGAUGGGAGCCUGCAUCAGCCCACGAACCCCUUUCUCCCCCCAACCCCUUCACUCCCCACCACUCCUCCUCCUCUACACACCCAUCAUACCUUCCACUCCAACCCCACAUAUCCCCCUCACUCCCCGCAUUCCCCCCACUCCUACCACUCCCCUCCCGACACCCAUCAG